CUCUAUCUAGAAAAUCAAAAGAUGAAGCUUCCGAGUUUUUUUCUCACCGUGUCAUUUACUCAGGGUAGGAAAUUCAAAGAUGGUGUCUUUCAUGUGACUUUUAUCUGCAUGUUGGAGAUUAUUUAUACCUACCCACCCACCGACCCACUCAUAGACAGACAGAUAGCAAAAAUGCAUUUCCCUUGCUCAACAUCAUCAUCAUCUUCUCUUUUCACCAUUUUCUGCUUGCUCUUGGUUAUAAUCUCCUUGUUUCUUCCAGGGGCCUCGGCUCGAAUACAUGCGAUAGUAGCAAUAUAUACACCGGGAAGUCGUGCUCCUCCUGCCAACGGACACACCGGCACCGCCUUGAACAAACAACAUGUUGGUUGUUCCAGAUCCCAUCAAGUAAAGAAGAACUUUGUCGCUUGUGAUCGCGAUAUAUAUGUAAUAUGUCAUAAUACUCUUAGUAUGGUCUUGGAGUAGCAUAAUUAUUUCAAAUGCUUGUAUUCCGCACAUCAUCUUCGAGACGUUCUCAUGCGUAGACUUGUCUUGACACUAGUGAAAUAUAAAGAAAUAAAUGUCAUAGUUUAAUCUUGGAUAA